UGAUAUUGUGACACGUGAUGAAGUUGACAGCCUCAUGUGUGAAAAGAGGAUCUUUGAAGUGAUCAACUCCUCUCGUCAUCCAUUCUUGGUGAACCUGUACGGCUGUUUCCAGACUGCAGACCACGUGUGCUUUGUGAUGGCCUACUCGCCCGGAGGAGACCUCAUGACACACAUUCACAACAGCCUCUUCAAUGAGAGUCAGGCUCGGUUUUUCUCCUCGUGUGUGCUUCUGGGUCUAGAGUUUCUCCACAAAAACAAAAUAGUUUACAGAGACCUGAAGCUGGACAAUCUGUUGAUGGACGCAGAUGGCUUUGUAAGGAUAGCAGAUUUUGGCUUGUGCAAAGAAGAAAUGGGCCACGGGGAUCGCACGUCAACCUUUUGUGGCACACCAGAGUUCCUGGCUCCAGAGGUGCUGACAGACAGCAAUUACACCCGCAGUGUGGACUGGUGGGGGCUGGGGGUCCUCGUCUAUGAGAUGCUGGUGGGGGAGGUCAGUGUAAACCAUAGACUGUAUAUAAAGAUACACCGUGUCAUAAAGUUGCAGGAAGGAAAAAGGUUUGGAUUUAUUGGGGCAAUGUCCACCUUCACCUUCAGUGUCUGGUGUAGAUCUUCCUACACAUUUCCAUUCAUUCUUGAUCACUGCAUUACUUUAAAGUAAUCUUUACUCAUUCUUCCAUACAGAAGAGCUUAAACACUGAUGUUACCUCACAUUUCCUCACAUGAAAUGCUUGGUUAGUUCAAUUAGC